AAGGUACGUGUAGGCUAUAAAUCUCACGAGCACGAAGUUGGACUGGUUUCAUGGCUCCAGGAUGGAGGGGUUCCUGUCCACGUUUCCACCAUACAAUGUAUAUGGUAACCCUGUCUGCGCUUCCCCGGCUCAGGUCGGCAACUGGGGCAAGAGAGAUGGUCGCUUCAUGAACCCCCAGAGCCUCAACUACCUGGAGCUCUACAAGACCCUCCUGUCCCAGGUCAACCCCAGUUUACCCCCUCAGCUCAAGAAGGCGAACACCAAAGAGUGCGGCGUGCAAGUGAACGCCAGGGUGGAUAAAAUUGUCCAGUGCUCUCUGGGCCCCAAAACGCUGUUUUUCGAUGAAUUUCCCACUCCCUGCAAGCUCCCCAUGAGCCCCGAUGCGUCCACACCGGAGGAGAAGGCGCAGUGCCACACGCCGCCAAUGAGCAACCUGCGCUUCCUGAGGCCCGUGUCCAUCUAUUCGCCGGUGUUUGACCGCAGGCUCUUCCUAAAGAAACUCGAAGACUGCGCUGGUGAAGGAGAAGGUGAAGCCGCCGCCGAGCAGGCCACGUCCGAGGCCGAUGGGGAUCAAAGUGGCGAGGAAGCCCCAGAAGACUCCAAGACAGCUUUCCACCGGUCUCCAAAGGGAUCCAACUUUCAGUUCCUGGAGCAGAGGUAUGGGUUUUUCCACUGCAAAAAGUGCAACAUCCGGUGGGAGAGUGCUUAUGUAUGGUGCAUCUCUGGAACGAGUAAGGUGUACUACAAGCAGCUCUGCCGGAAGUGCCAAGUGGGGUUUAACCCCUACAGAGUGGAAUCUAUCCUGUGCAAGGGUUGCUCUCAGACUUGCUGCAUCUGUGAGAAGAAGCAGAGGCACAUUAACAUGAAGAAGCCUCACCGUCAGGACCUGUGCUGUCGCUGCAAGGGAAUGAAGCUGUCCUGUGACGCCACCUACAGCUUCAAAUACAUCGUCUAAGUUGCCCGCCGUGAAAGCCUGAGGUUACACCAAUAAGGCUGAUGUGUAAAGUCAUGCCACAAAGAGAAGCUGCCACCGCCCCCAGUAGCAAACUUGAAGAGUCACUCCAAUCGCUGCCCUGGUUUGAGCCAACUUUAAAAAUUCAUUCCCCCUCACUGAUCCUGGUACCUAACAUGAAAACUAUUUUUGUAUGAAGAAAUAAACACUGCACCUUAAAAGUUGAGAUUCCUGAAUGUAUACAUACACUAUGAAGUCAAAAUGGAAAUGAUGGGGUGCUUGCCUAUUAUACACAGUAGACUAUGUUACUCUACUGCAAUGA